AUUAUACCCAAUCAUGAUGCUCUCCUCUCGGUUUUCAACGCGUGGGUAUACUCUCUUAUCUGAUGAGGGCCCGUUCAAGGGAUAUUGGCAGCUCGCUAGCAGAAUUGGCCUUCUUUAUCUCUCGAUCUUGAUUACCCUCGCACUAGGAGCGUCAGUCUUUGUCGGAUUCCUUAUAGGAAAGUCAAGUGCUGCGGGAGCCUCCCUCAUCCCAGUUCCUCUAACGACAAGACAAUUCGUAUACGACCGAAGCUUUUCUUAUCCCCCGAACAAUAUCACCAACGGUGCUUGGGGUACUCUUUUCCCUAGACAAGGGGGGUUCUUUUCUCACGAACCCACGAUACCUGAUCGCUCCACGCUCUCUGUCUUUCACCAACUUCAUUGCCUGGACGCCAUUCGACAUGCAUACUGGCAGCUUCACGACGCAGCCAUGGAGGGUAAAAAGAUGUCCGACGAAGAGUUCACAGUUAUGACGUCUCCCUCGCAUGUAAGGCAUUGUGUGGACCUUCUACGGCAGAGCUUAAUGUGCUCUGCGGAUCGGACACUUGAAGUAAAGGACGACAAGGGCGGAGUAAGCGGAUUCGGGACGGUGCACCACUGCUAUGACUAUGAGGAGCUUUUAUAUACGGUUGAGAAGUGGCAGGAAAGUCCUUAGAGG